UUCUUCAUUAACAACUCCAUCAAUAUACUUUCUCUAAGUCUUAACUCAAUUUGACAACAAAUUUUCCAUUAAUGAAGAUACGAAUACUUACCCUAAUUUUUCUCCUACAAUGUGUUUUCAACCUUGGCCUACAUUUCCACCCACUCGAUCCCUUAACCCCCCAAGAAAUCAACAAAACAAGCUUCAUCGUCAAGAAAUCUCAUCUAGGCACUCUCAAAGAUCUCACAUUUCACUACCUCGAUCUCGAAGAACCAAACAAGACCCACGUUCUCCAGUGGUUAUCCUCCAAAAAACCACCACAACCACCACGCCGUCGCUCACUCGUGGUGGUUCGAGCCGGUGGUCAAACCCACGAGCUCAUCAUCGACCUAACCUCCGGAAAAAUCGCAUCCUCACGCAUCUACACAGGCCAUGGCUUCCCUUCAUUCACAUUCAUAGAGCUGUUCAAAGCAAGCAAGCUUCCUCUAACGUACCCUUCCUUCAAGAAAUCGAUUCUUGAUCGAUCCCUAAACAUCUCAGAGGUUUCGUGCAUCCCCUUCUCCGUUGGUUGGUACGGAGAAACCAUCACGAGACGAGAGGUCAAAGCCUCUUGCUUUUACCGAGACGGAUCGGUUAAUGUCUUCACAAGACCCAUCGAAGGAAUCACCAUAACAAUAGACGUUGACUCAAUGAAAGUCGUGAAAUACUCCGACAGAUUCAGAAAGCCGAUACCUGAUAAAGAAGGUAACGACUUUCGGACCAAACACAAACCGUUCCCGUUCUCUUGCAACGUCUCCGACACAGGGUUCAAGAUUCUAGGCAAUAAAAUAAAAUGGGCUAACUGGAAAUUCCACGUCGGAUUUACCGCUAGAGCGGGGAUAACCAUAUCGACGGCUUCGGUUCUUGACACAAGAACCAAAAGGUUCAGAAGAGUGAUGUACAGAGGACACUUGUCAGAAACUUUUGUUCCGUACAUGGACCCAACAUACGAUUGGUACUUCCGUACGUUCAUGGACAUAGGAGAGUUCGGUUUCGGGAGAUCGGCGGUUAACUUGCAGCCACUCAUCGACUGCCCGCAAAACGCGGCGUCUUUGGAUGGAUACGUGGCGGGACCUGACGGGACAGCUCAGAGGAUGAGCAAUGUGAUGUGUGUCUUUGAGAAGAAUGGUUAUGGUGCUUCUUUUAGACACACCGAGAUUAAUGUUCCAGGACAAGUGAUAACUAGUGGCGAAGCUGAUAUAAGUUUAGUGGUUAGGAUGGUGGCAACACUCGGAAACUAUGAUUACAUCGUUGAUUGGGAAUUUAAAAAGAAUGGAGCCAUCAGAGUUGGGGUGGAUUUGACUGGAGUUUUGGAAGUCAAAGCAACAUCAUACACUUCGAACGAGCAGAUAACGGAGAACACUUAUGGGACACUAGUGGCUAAAAACACCAUUGCCAUUAACCACGACCAUUACCUGACGUACUACUUAGAUCUUGAUAUUGACGGUAACGGCAAUUCCUUAGUGAAAGCCAAACUAAAAACGGUAAGAGUAACCGACGUUCAUAACAAAACCUCUUCUCCGAGGAAGAGUUAUUGGACGGUCGUGAAAGAGACGGCAAAAACGGAAGCUGACGGAAGAGUUCGGCUGGGUUCAGAAGCGGUUGAGCUGCUAAUAGUUAACCCACAAAAGAAGACGAAAAUAGGAAAUACAGUUGGUUACCGGUUGAUACCGGAACAUUUACCGGUAACUUCGCUUUUAACGGACGAUGAUUACCCGGAGAUUAGAGCGUCGUACACAAAAUAUCCGGUUUGGGUAACGGCUUAUAACCGGUCAGAGAAAUGGGCGGGUGGGUUUUACAGCGAUAGGAGCCGUGGAGAUGACGGCUUAGCUGUAUGGAGUAGCAGGAAUAGAGAGAUAGAGAACAAAGACAUAGUGAUGUGGUACAAUGUUGGGUUUCAUCACAUUCCAUACCAAGAGGACUUUCCAGUAAUGCCAACUCUUCACGGUGGAUUCACUCUUCGACCUUCUAAUUUCUUCGACAACGAUCCGUUAAUCGCGUAAAUACGUACUAAAAGAAAAUAUUUGAUUUUACCUUGUUUACUAUUUGAUUAUCUGUUUUUGAGUUUAUUAAAGAAGU